GAUUCUUCUCUUCGAUCAUCAUCCUUCACUUCCAUUUCUUCUUCUUCUUCUCAGAUGGAGAAUGAUGGUUCUGUUGUUGCUACAUUGGCUUCCAAUCCAACCUUUCUUUCUGCUAUCUUUGCCUUGUUUGUUACGCAAUCAAGCAAAGUUUUCUUGAAUUUCUUUAAGGAGGAGAGGCACUUGUUGGCUUCUCAAGGAACGGUUUCUACUCGCUCCGUACUGUGUUCUGCUCUCACCACUUCUGUUGCUAUCUCUCAUGGUGUUUCUCAUUCACUCUUUCCCGUUUCUUUGGGAUUUUCUCUCAUUGUCAUGUAUGAUGCUGUUUCUGCUAAGAGAGAUGUUGGCUACCAAGCUCGGGUGCUUAAUACGCUUCUUGAUCAAGUGUCUGGUGGAGCGACUCCAGUUCUUGGUGAGAAGCUAGAAGAAGAUGUUGGUCACACCCUUCCUCAAGUCUUGACUGGUGCACUUCUUGGUUCUACAGUUGCCGUUUUAUGCUCUCUAGGUUUCAUGCUUCUGCGCCGUUAGGUGCUUAGUAUGAUUGUGACUGACAUGUUUCAAGGAAGCUAAAGGAACUUGUUUGUUGGUGACACCCCAUCUCAAGUGUUUGUUGGUGCUCUACUUGGUUUAUGCUUUCAAGUUUGCCUUAUUGUGGAUCAAACUGUACUGAAUACUGUUAUGUUGGCUUUUUUGUAUCAAACUGUAAUGAAUAAUGAUAGCAUACUAAUUGCUCUUGUAAUGUGAUCCAUAUACUUCACAACAUGAGUAUGGUGUAAAUGAAGAUUUUUUCCCUCUAUUG